AUUUGUGUUUUUUGGUUACCUCUGAGAUAAUUUGAAAGCGCAGCCUUCGUUAACGAGCCGGUUAAAUGUUUUUGGGGUUUGUAUUAAUUUUUAGCCGAUUUGGAUUCGAUGCCGACUAUAUUGUCCGUCUAAUGAUCUCUUCCUUUAAUGCCAGAACGGAGCCGGUGCGUUGCUUCGCGUUAAAAAAGGAUUUCAUUUCAAACAAACAGCGAAUAUUUCAUUAAAUCACGCGAUUUAAAUAACCCUAAAAGUUCGGUCGUUUACGUGUAAACCAGUCAAGACAUUUUACUGUGUUUUGCCCUUUUGAUUUUUUUUUAAGAGCACAGUUAGAGAGUUCACAUCUAGAGCUGCACGAUAUUUUAGGGCAAGUGACGAAAUAGUGUUAUGACGAGUUUUCGUGCUCUAAAUUGUCGAACUUAAUCGCUUGCAAUUGGUUACAACUUGCUGAACCGGAAGUCGAAGGUGCUGUGUAAUCUACAAGAUAAUAAGGGAAAAACCCUUUCGGUGGCCACGAGGAACAUUAAAUGAAUACGUUUGUAAACGACAGAACAGAAGUGUUUCCUAGUCAGGGAGUUUUUAUCAAGCAAAUUUAGUUAUUUUCUGCCAGUUCAGGAAUUUCUGAGUAAAAUAAAACGCUUUUGUGCGCGACUUCUAUGAAGUCCAAUGCGGAACUCAAGGGGAUUCCCCUGAGCCCUAGCAUAAAAUCCCACAGCUUCAAUCGCAUCCCGGCCAUUUGUGCCUCGGCUAAGAGAGGAGUGUUAUUGAAUAUCUGUCAAGUCAUCAAGAAUAGGAAAGAACCAACUCAUCGAAAGAAAGGAAAGAUGUCUGACGACGUGUCGCUGAGGAGACAACGAGCAUGCUUGGGUGAGGGCUGCGACGAUUGUUAUGUCAUGGACAUGUACAGUCUUGUGCAACCAGGACAGCAUAGCAACUCUGAGCUUCGCAAGCAGCUUUUCCUCUAUCUGACCAAAGAUGGAGGCCGGGAGAGAAAACGUUUUCUACAGGAGGAACAAACUCGACUUGGCCUGAUCAAGGCAUACACUGAUCGACUCUGUUUAAGAGAGAGAGGAGCCACGUCAAUCAUUGCCCAUUUGAAAAUGGGAGAUUUUCAAGCAGUUAAAAAGUUGGAGAGAACAAAGAUUGACCAGUUCAAGCUACCAGAGAAACUCAGUUUUACUCUUCCGCUUGGUAAUUUAACUUCUCUGAAGAUCGCUGCAUUGCUGACGAACGAACGGAAUGAGAGUCUGCUUGAAACAGAGCACUUUGAGGUGAAACUUCCUUCGACUCACUUGGAAGAGACGAAACCAGCGGUUGAGCAUGACCACACCUCGGAGUAAAGAAAAGGAAAGGGAUUCUAUUGGUGAGGCGGAGAGGCGUUUGACGCCGAUGUCGAGCCUCGCGCCAAAGGCUGCGGUUGGAUGCACUACAUUAGUCACCUGAGGUAGCCGCCUGGCUUAGGUCUAUCCAGGGUCCUGAGCCCGCAACGUUUUAAGGUUGAUGCAAGUACGGAGCCCUAUGUUGAAGGCACAGACGGCGACCGAAUACGUCUAAAUCGUCCGAUCUACUCUUAUCCGCUCUGUAAAUAUGUAAACAUCGUUAUAAGUCUCUAUAAUAGUGCAUAGUGUGCAACGUGUACUGUUUAGCCACGCUCUUUAGAUUAGCGAAAAAUGACUACAAAUACAGCAACUUAACAUAGUAUUAUAGCGAACAGCUUUGAUCACAUGUAAGUAAUAUCUCUUUGAUGUAGUCUAUAUCAUGUGAACAGUUUUUAGUAAGGCAUUAGAACGAGAAUAUUUUCCGCACAGUUUUAAUGCUAUGUGUACGCUAUGGUAAAAUAAAGAUAGUAAUGCCGA